GUAGUAUGGCAGUGGCUUUGGUUUUUUCUCAUUUUUGCGAAUCACUGAUGGGGUAGAGGGUGACAUCUCCGUCAGAACUAGAGAUUCAAAUGGCGGCUGUGCUCUGCAAUGUAGCUAGACGUUCCACCAAAUAAAUGCAAACGAUUUGGUUGAAUGAGGACUCUAGCAACCUUACGUCCUUGAGUGGUGGCAUCUCUGAUGGGGGUGAGUCGGCUGGAUGUUCUCUACAGAAGGCUUCUCCUCACCAAACUCUUCAUCCAGGGAUGGGGAAAGCCAGAAGAUCUGAAACGAAUAUUUGAGUUCCGGAAGAUAAUCGGGAACAGAGAGAGGUGUAAGGACUUGGUUCCCAAGGACUAUCCUGUUUUCAUAGACAAGGUAGAGGAGCAGACCGACUGCAAAAUUCUCAGUGGUCAUUUCAUCUCUCCUCUGGAGCACAGUGUUCCCGGUAUCCUGCCUCCCGAGUCUGUUAAAGCCAGGUUCCAGUUCAUCGUACCCAAGAGGUGGAGGAAGUACAAGCCAGUAUGCAUUCAUCUGGCAGGCACUGGAGACCACUUUUUUUGGCGGAGACGGACGCUCAUGGCCAGGCCAAUGAUAAAGGAGACGGGCAUGGCAUCACUUCUUCUGGAGAACCCCUACUAUGGAUACAGAAAGCCUAAAGACCAAGUGCGCUCCAGUCUGAAGAAUGUGUCGGACCUGUUUGUGAUGGGUGGGGCACUGAUCCUAGAGUCGGCUGCCUUGCUGCAUUGGUUGGAGAGAGAGGGCUACUGGCCACUGGGCAUGACGGGCAUCUCCAUGGGAGGACAUAUGGCAUCUUUAGCAGUCACAAACUGGCCCAAACCUAUACCUCUGGUGCCCUGUCUCUCCUGGUCAACUGCUUCCAGUGUUUUUACCACGGGCGUUUUAAGCAAAGCAGUGAACUGGAGAGAACUGGAGAAGCAGUAUGCUAUGCACACUGUGUAUGAGGAAGAAAUCAUCAGCCUUUUGGAGUAUUGUGGGAGGGAUUCUUUCAGGAUGGGCCAGGACUUUGUGAAGAAUUCGCCCAGCAGCUUGGAUUCCCUCUCCGAUCUGGAUUUCACCUCCGACCUCCUUAAACUGCAUCAAUCGGAGCAGGGUAAUCUGGACCUGGGGGCAUCGGCCCUGCACUCACGAGUGGGCGGGACAUCCAAUGGACAGGGGCUGCUGGUUGGCAGGGAGCGUGACAGGCUAGACCAGAUGCUGUCUGCAGUGAGCAGCAGCGCCCCACACAUGGACAUGCUCAACGCCAAGACCAUCACCCGCAUGGAUGGGAGACGGCGCACCCUGCAGCGCGAGUCCCUCUGCUUCAUGAAGGGCGUCAUGGACGAGUGCACACACAUUGCCAACUUCUCAGUCCCUGUGGACCCCAGCCUGAUCAUCGUGGUGCAGGCAAAGGAGGAUGCCUAUAUCCCCCGCACUGGGGUGAGGAGUCUGCAGGAGAUCUGGCCAGGAUGUGAGGUGCGCUACCUGAAUGGCGGCCACAUCAGCGCAUAUCUCUUCAAACAAGGCCUGUUCAGGCAGGCCAUAUAUGAUGCUUUUGAUCGGUUUCUUCUGAAGUACGCCAUCUCCACAUAGGAACCUGAGAGAUCUGAAGGGAGCGACCGUGUGCCAUCUACGAGGGGAAGGAUCGAGCAGACACUAAUGUACAGUUCUAGCCACCAACACACUGAAGAUGAGAGACGUCAGCAUUCUGGAACGAACAGAGUCAUGUAAUCAUGACUAGCUACAUUAUAAUCUGCUGAAAACAUUGCUUCAUUGUAACUUAACAUAUUGCUCCUGCCAUGAAUAAACAAGAAUAUGGUGCUAUUUAAAAUUGUAUAAUGGUACUAUGGUAAAACAUGGAAAUGUGUAGCAGGUAUAUGAAUUGAAUUGUACACAUGACCUAUAAUGCCUCUUCAACCAACCCAUGCUGUUCACCAUGUGCUUUUGUCCUCAUUUUUGACACCCAGUUCAGCACCCUUUCUCCUUAGUCACAUACUGCCUUAGGGCUGUUGGGAUUGACGGCAGGUGUUCCCCAUGCAUGUGUAAAAAGAAUGCCUUUGUCACAUGCCGGGGGGGGGGGGGGGGGCGUGCA